AGCUGCAUGAGAAGUUUCAUGCUGGUCAGUCAAGGCUCGUGAGAUUUGUCUGCUCAGUGUGGCUGCUCUGACAAUAUGGAGCAUCUGGACAACUCCACCCAGACCUCCACGCGCCUCCACCUGAGCGCACAGGUGGCACAAAGCGGCGGAGGGAAGGCGUACCUGUAUGUCUUAAUCGUCAUCUCCUUCUACGGAGUCUUCCUCUGUGGCAUCAUGCUGGGCUACUUCCACUCCAAGAGGAAGGAGAGGAGGAGGACCAACAUCUUCACGCGCCUCGUGCACGAGGAGGAGCAGCGAGAAUGGGGCGCGCUCCCUAAGAAACACAGUCUGACCUGCCCUGCAGUCGACGAUGUCACGGGAACACGGCCGGUGAGGUUGACCUUGCCGUUCUACGGUAACCAUGGAAACCAUCUCGGACAGCUCCGUCACGAGGGCGCGCUGCCCUCACCGUUGGCGUGCGCUCUGUGCACGGAGCAAAGCAGCGUCAGCUCCCUGUGCUCAUCGGCGGACACGCGCUUGGCCAUCGAGGAGGAGGAGUCGGACAGCGGCACCGGGGAGGGUCCGGAGGAGAAUGUGAAGGGGGCAUCGGAGAACAGUGGGGAAGACUCGGGAUGAAAAACAGAAGGAAGCAACAAGUGAAAGGAUGCAGUGGCCAUUUUGAUAUUUUUCUUGUGUAAAAAAAGGACAUAAUUAAAGACACUCUCUUUGCCUUAUGGGUGACUAAGCACAUUAUUAAAAAUAAUAGUCAUCUUUUUAAACUUUUCAAAAAAGCCACCGUUUCUACAUUGUGCCAAUAAAAACAAAUCGCCCCUGGGCCGCACUUUGGACACCCCUGGAAUAACUGAUGCCUGGUGGGAUAUACAGUGUGUGCAUAUACGUAAUAUGGACACCAAACAUAGACACACCAAAACAAUAAAAAGAUAAAUAAUACAUUUGUCAUUUGUAAAAACAAAUAAAACAAAAUCAAAUCAUUUCAAAAAUAAAAAAAUUAAAAUAUAUGAAUAUAAAUAAAACAAAUUAAAUAUUAAUAUUCAUUUGAAUAAUAUUAGUGCAAUAUGUGCAUGUGUCCAGACUUUACUGUAUUCAUUUAUCGUCAUUGCUUGGUAUAAUUGGGAUUUAUAAGAUUAUUUUGAAAAGAAGCUGUCCCAUUUGAGACAAGUGGGGCAGUGCCCCAGUACAUGCAGCAUUAGGCCCUGUGGUGAAAUUAUCAUUAAUAUUCAUUUUCAUCUCACAAAUAAUGUUUCAAUUGUGUCACACACGUGUUUAAAUAGACUUCACAGCCACGUUUCUGGACUCGUGAACAGGAGAAGCGACGCAAAACGUUCUAUUUGUGAAGUGACAAACCACGUGGUUUUCCUGGAAUGCUAUUAGGUGAUUAGUGACGCCAUUUUUUCACAUCAAAACACAACAGAAAUGAAAGCCUAUUGAUUUACCACGUAACCCUGCACUUUCCUCCCUACUGUGACAACCCCCCUGCUUCGGGCUGAUGACUCAUCCUGCAGGGCCGAGGAAAGGAUGUUGAACUGAAACUGUUGAGACGACAGUGCUGAGAUGCACCUGGGCAACACUUGAAUGAUGAUCAAUAGGCCAGUCUGUCGGCUGCUCGAGCUUCCUGAUCUGCAAUCUGCUCAUCGGUGAUGUAUUUUGGCUGAUGAUCACGUGGUUAUACAGCUGAACCCUGUGCAUUGUUAUAUUUACCCACG